AUGGGCCAUCUAAAGAACGGGAGCCUAGUCGUCCCCAGACAUGGGAAGCAGUUCACUAGAGAGAUGAUUCCGCCUCAUGUCGGCAUAGGCUCUCAUCGAUGGACUGUCCAGAUGCGAACUCUGCUAUGCUGGGCUGCACAGGCUACCACGGGCCUCUAUCUCUUCUCCCAGCACAACAUUCCCAUUGACACAAGAUACAAAGCAGCGGCGCUUGGUCUUUUGUUCCCUGGAGCUGGAUAUAUUGCGAGCGGAAACAUAUUGGGAUGCAUACUGCUGAUCUUAACUCUCGCUUUGUAUCCACUUGUUUUUCUUGCAUGGUUCGGAAGUGGUGCCAUUGCGAUACCCCUAUUGCUCUGGAUUGCAUCAAUACCAGGUGCGUAUUUUGCCACUGGGCGCUCCGUGUGGGAGCCCGCUGGCAAAUGUGCAGCCGCUGUCCUUUUUGGGAUCUUCUUCUUCGCCAACAGGGUUUCCGCAGCACAGAGGGCAAAGGGAGUUGCUCACCGCGAGACCAGAAAUGCGUUGCUGGAGCGCAGCCUCGAAGAGAUUGACGCCAUUUAUGUUGAGGCUCCACCCCCAGGGAGUCGCGAGCUCGGCUUGUCCAUCUUGAGGCGCAUCCAGCACAUUAUCGACGCCGCUCAGCAGGAUAAGAAUGAUUGGACCUGGUUCACCAAGAUUGACCAAUUUCAGACCUCGGCCUUGCGAUAUCAGAUAUAUGAGAUGCUAUACGUCCUAGGUACCUAUCAAGGGAUCUAUACCCCUAAUGCCCAUACAUACAUCAGCGAUGCCUCCUGUCGUCUCGUUGAAAAGGCCAUCACACAAGAUGUACUUGGGUUCUGGAAGUGGGAAAAGCUCCUUGGACAUUUCAGCACUGAUUGCGAUCCUGUCAAGAAGGACAACAUUAUGGUGACUGGCUUUUUCCUUGAAGGCCUGAUGUUAUAUACUGCAAACACUCAGGAUGAGCGGUUUUGUCAACCGGGCAGCUUGCCGUUCCAAGUCACAAAGGAUCGUGUUUUCCACUACGACAUACAUUCUAUUAGGGAGGCCAUGAUGGAUCAGUGGAAAAGCAACCCUUUCUGUCUCUUUCCCUGCGAACCUAACUGGACAUACAUCCCCUGCAACUUCCAGGGAUUCAUUGGCUCAUUACUGUACGACCGCUAUUUUGGCGGUAACGAGACAGCUCUGAUCUCGCCUACCUUUGAGGAGAGUCUUAAUCGUAACUUCACAGAGUCCAGUGGAAGUAUUCUUCCCAUCCGUUCUGAGCUUACAGGGUUCACCCUCCCAGGCCUCUGCGGUGCCCUUACAGAUUUAUCAAACGUCAUGUUCACGAGGGCUACAUUUCCUCACAUUUCACGACGUUUCUGGGCCCUGUUUCCAAAGGAAAAUAUAGAAUUUAAUCGAGCGACAGGAGAGCUGAAGUGCGUCGGUCUCAGGGGUGCUGAUAAGAUUGACUCUGGUACCUAUCGCCCUGACCCCUAUGCCAUGUAUGGGUUCGUUGCUCAGGCGGCGUCUGAAUAUGGUGACCAGGAGCUCAGUGAGGCUGCCAUUAAUAUAGCGUACAAGGCAUAUGGUACGGUAACUACUCCCACAGGUGCCAUUGCUCUACCGCGAGAGGACAAUGGACCUUCCACCACUACAAAGAUGACCAUUCUUCGCGCAGAGUUACUUCAUGGGGGGGAAUUGGAAGCGGUUGUUACAAAAGUGCCGUAUCCAGGUGUGCUCGUGGCAAAGGCAUACUCCCACGACAGUUCCGACCUUGAUGUUGUUCUUUAUCCGUCUGCAGACAGCGGAAGGUUUUCAAUCACUGUUUCCCGUCUACGCCCUGGCCUUAAGUACAAGGGACUCGAAGAGACAGUCGUUGCAGACGAUAAUGGUGACGCUGUCUUGUCGGUGAUGGUGGAUGGCAGGACGUCGUUUCAUCUGAAGCUUGUUCAUGCGUAG